AUGUCUCGCGUCCCUAGAAGUUUUCGGUUGCUGGAAGAAUUAGAAAAGGGCGAAAAGGGCAUGGGCCCAGAAUCAUGCAGUUACGGACUGGCUCACAGUGAUGAUAUUACGAUGACACACUGGAACGGUACGAUCCUCGGUCCUCCACAUAGCAACCACGAGAAUCGCAUAUACUCUGUUGCCAUUGAGUGCGGCGAGGCCUAUCCCGAUCAGCCCCCAAAAAUUAGGUUUCUGUCGAAAGUGAAUCUCCCUUGCGUCGACCAGAAUACCGGAGAGGUGAAGAAAGAGCAGUUCAGCACACUGCGCGACUGGAAGCGAUCUUAUACUAUGGAAACUCUCCUGCUAGAUCUACGCAAAGAGAUGGCUCUACCCUCCAACAAGAAGCUUCCUCAGCCGGCCGAGGGUACUACUUUCUAA